UCUAACUCUAAAAUUCAAACCGGAUAAUUCAGUAGACGCAAGCACACUAGUGUACGUAGAUGCUGACUUUGCCAGCAAGGCCAACGACCGUAGAUCAGUUUCGGGAGCAAUAGUGCUUGUGGCUUCGAUGCCUGUGGUUGGAUUUCUGAAACGCAGAAAUGCGUUUCACAGUCGACUUCUGAGGCAGAGUAUCUUGCGAUGGGUGACGGUGUAAAGGAGGCUCUGUUUGUGAAUGGAAUGCUUCAGUUCCUGAGACCUAGUGCGAAGCCUCGGAAGAUAGACGUCCUUGAGGACAACGAAGGAGCGAUUGCGCUCGCAGAGAAUCCGCUUAGCUCGAGUAGGAGUAAGCACAUUGAUGUGAGGCAUCACUUCCUUAGGAAUUUGACAGAGGAGGGUGUUAUCGAGGUGUAA